CGUCCCGAAGGCGGGCGGCAACCAUUGGUGGGCCGAGCCAGCCGAGUUCCCGGAUGAGGGAACAUUCUGCGGUAUAAAGGGCGCGAGGAAGGCGGGAGACGGCGCAGUUUGAAUCGCGGUCCGACGGAGGAGUGGGCGCUGGGAUCUCGCUGCGCGUCCACCUGGCCUCGACUCUUUCUCGCUUGUCCGAUCUUCAUCACGGUCCGAGAUGGCUGGCGGUAAGGCUGGAAAAGACUCCGGAAAGGCCAAGACAAAGGCGGUUUCCCGCUCGCAGCGAGCCGGCUUGCAGUUCCCUGUGGGCCGUAUUCACCGACACCUGAAAUCUAGGACAACCAGCCACGGACGUGUGGGCGCGACCGCCGCUGUGUACAGCGCAGCCAUCCUGGAGUACCUCACCGCAGAGGUACUAGAGUUGGCAGGAAAUGCAUCAAAAGAUUUAAAGGUAAAGCGCAUCACCCCACGUCACUUGCAGCUCGCUAUUCGUGGAGAUGAAGAACUGGACUCUCUGAUCAAGGCUACAAUUGCUGGUGGUGGUGUCAUCCCGCACAUCCAUAAGUCUCUGAUUGGGAAGAAGGGACAACAGAAGACCGUCUAAGGAUGCCUGGAUUCCUUACUAUCUCAGGACUCUUGUUCUUAACAGCUGUCCAGUGUCAGUGAUUCCAGUGGACU